AUGUCUUCAAUUAUAUGUAAUGUUCCUUCUGAUGUAUCUGUUCCUCCACGGUUCGUCGUUAAUCUUGAUUCACCUCCAAUGUUAAGAUGGCAACAUAUCUUACGUCUAUAUAGAGAUCAACUUCGUGAAGUUGAAAAAAAGAUCGAUUCAAUGGUGAAUGAAAUUGUUGGUCAAUGGAUGGGUCCUAUGUUUGAAAAUGUUCUAUCAACAAUCAUGGCUGGUAUAACACAAUUAGGACUUGUUUAUUAUGGACAAGAAUUGAAAGGUUUCUCACGUGACACGGGAAUGCCAUUAGGUAAAUUAGUAAUGAUACAAUUUGUUUAUGAAUGUUUUGCAUGUUGUACAUCAAUUGUGUGUCAAGAUGAACAAACUAAUACUCCAAUGCAUAUUAGAACUAUGGAUUGGGGACUUGAUUUUUUGAAACAAUUGACUAUUGAUGUUGAUUUUCAAAGGAAUGGUCAAACAGUUUUUAAAGGCACAACAUGGAUUGGUUAUGUGGGAAUUUUAACAGGAAUGAGAGUUCAAAAUGGUUAUUCUGUAUCGGUUAAUUUUCGACAUACAGGUGGACAAUUGACAACAAAUCUUAAAACUGCUUUAGCCAGUGGCUGGCCAAUUGGUUUUCUUGUUCGUGAAAUAUUAGAAUCAACACACAAUUAUGAAUUAGCUGUUGAACAACUUGCACAAUCUUCAAUAAUUGCACCAUGUUAUUUUACUAUAUGUGGAACAAGUCAAAGUAAGACUUUGGGAACUUUACUAACUCGCAAACAAACAUUAGAAGAAAACAGAUGGACAGUUUCUGAACAUGGUUCAAUCAUACAGACUAAUAUUGACCAUUGGAGUUCAGAAAAACAUGAAGAUAUUUUAUUUUCGAUUAAACGUCGAGAUUUAUCCAAACGAUUCUUGAGUCAGAUGAAAGGAGUCAAUGAAUAUGAAUUAUGGAAGCUUUUAUCGGAAUAUCCAAUAUGCAAUAAUAUAACCAUAUAUGGGACAUUUAUGUGUCCAGAAUAUGGUAUAUAUCAUACACGAUAUCCUCAAGAUAAUCGAGGAUUUCACUCACACGAAAACGUUCAAUUUAUCUCACUGACUGAUUUGAAAGAUGAUUUAUAUUGGCGAUUAUCAUCAACUUAUGUUUGUUGUAACUGUGGACGCGAAUUUGAUAUUAAUGACAAUCCUGGUGGUAAUUGUGUGCAUACUGGAGCAUGGCAUGCAACAUUUAAUGAUUGUUCCUAUUUAAAAUGUGGUUUUCACUUAGGUAAAAAAGCAUCGAUUGGUAUACAACACUGGUCAUGUUGUUAUUCAUUAAAAUAUCGAUCAGAUACUUGUACCCAAAGCAAUUCUCACACAUUUAUCAAACAAUAA